CUAGCAGUAGCGACUGUUUAUGAGCGCGACAGUAAUACAUUUCAAUCAAUUUUACAAGGUGUAGUGGAAUUGUUUCAUUGUUGAGCACCUGUUUUCUUUUGCAUGAAGAAGUCAUUUAUACGAGUGUGGAAUCGAUGGCUUGCGAGAUAGAGAUUGAUGCAUCUCAAUCAAUUAAUGAGAUGCAUCCUGUAGAGAAUCAACAUAGGAAUCCAAAGAUAGAUAGGCGGUUUAAUUCUUUGACUUUUGAAACUUGGACCGGGAAAAUUGAGAGGCAGUUAUCAUUUUUAAGUGGAAGUCAGGUUGAACCAGAACCAGAGGAGGUCAAUGUUUCACAGAAUGCUGAAAUUGAGGUUUUACCCGUAAAUCGGUACUUCGAUGCCUUAGAAGGGCCUGAAUUGGAUACUCUUAGAGAUUCAGAAGAGUUGGUGCUCCCAGAAGACGAGAAGUGGCCAUUCCUUCUCCGUUUUCCAAUAAAUUCAUUUGGUAUCUGCCUUGGUGUUACUAGCCAAGCCAUCCUGUGGAGAGACCUAGCAACCACCAAAUCCAUGAGCUUUCUCCACAUCAGCCUGACCAUCAACCUUGUCCUGUGGUGUAUCUCUGUCGCUCUUGUGGUCACUGUCUCCUUCAUCUACUCUCUGAAACUCAUAUUCUACCUCGAAGCAGUCCGUCGUGAGUACUACCAUCCCAUCCGUGUCAACUUCUUCUUUGCUCCAUGGAUAGCUUCUCUGUUCUUAGCUAUCAGCCUGCCACCUAUGGUUGCCAGGAACAUUCAUGAGGCCAUCUGGUACAUUCUAAUGUUUCCAAUAUUGUGUCUUGAUCUUAAAAUCUAUGGACAAUGGAUGUCUGGAAGUCACAGAAGAUUAUCAAUGGUGGCCAAUCCUUCAAAUCAUCUCGCAAUUGUUGGUAACUUCUUGGUUUCAUAUCUGGGUUCUAAUGUGGGGAUGAAAGAAGGGCCUAUAUUCUUCUUUGCUGUUGGAUUGGCUCACUACAUUGUCCUAUUUGUAACACUCUUCCAGAAACUUCCAACAAAUGAGACACUUCCUAAGGAAUUACAUCCAGUGUUCUUUCUUUUUCUUGCCUCUCCAAGCGUUGCAUCUAUUGCAUGGGCACUGAUUCAAGGUGUAUUUGAUUACGGAGCCAGGAUCCCAUACUUCAUUGCUCUGUUCCUAUAUUUCACACUGGUUGUUCGAAUUAAUUUUUUUCGAGGUUUCAGGUUCUCACUGACUUGGUGGGCUUACACUUUUCCAAUGACUAGUGUAUCAAUUUCCACCAUCGCCUACUCCAAUGAAGUCACAAACCCGGUAACACAGAUUCUAUCAGUUCUUCUUUCUGGCAUUUCUACCUUCACAGUAAUGGCUCUGCUCAUCACCACUAUCCUUCAUGCCUUCGUGUUGCAAGACCUCUUCCCGAAUGAUAAGGCCAUAGCCAUUUCAGAGAAAAGGCCAGAGACAGACAAGAAACGGUUUCAUCUGCGAUCUGGAAGUUUAGAUGUUGAACCUUGUCUGAAAUCAGAAAGCUCAUCUGACGAUACUGAAGCUUCUCUGAAAUCAGCAUCAAUCACCUACAUCGACCUUGGAAAUUCUUUGGUAUCUGCAAGCUCAAUUGGUUAAGAUAUGGGGGCUUCUUGUCGGAUUAGUGUCGAAGUGUGAUUAGGGUGAUGGCAAUUAGAAAUAUAGGUAGUCUAAUGUUGCUUUGAUCUUAUACACCUAUUAAGGUGACAAAUAAUUGGUUACCCUAGUUUUUUUUUUUCUUUCCUUUUCAAGGCUUUUAAUAUGAAACACUUUUUUU